AAGAGAGAGAGAGAGAGAAAAAGAGAGAGAGAGAGAGAGUGGGAGAGAGAGUGGGAGAGAGAGAGAGAGAGAGAGAGAGAGAAAGAAAGAGAAAGAGAGACAGAAAGCUUCCUCGAGACCGGCGUGACUUGGAGUGCGCGAGAAGAAAUCAAAAGAAAAGAAGAAGAUCUUGUUUAAGGGGAUGCGCAACGCGGCCGGCUAUACGAAAUAACGUAUCGUUGACCCAGUUUGUUGGGGGCAAAAGCAAUUAGACGUUCGCGCUGUUCUACCGCGCGUCAGAGGGAAAGAGAAAGACGACGUAGGAGAGGGUCCGUGGCUGUGCGACAACGAUCGAUCCUUCUCCCUCGCACAUCGCGAGUACCCGAUCCCUCUAUCUCUCUCGUUCACUCUACAUCGUAAAUUUCAAGUUUCCAUUCGUGUAUCGGUGCGUGAGAGUUCACGUCGACUCGAAUUUACGACGACCACAGUCUGUGCACGCGUUAACCAGGAUUCAGAGAGAAAGAGAGAGAGGAGAGAGAAAGAGAGAAAGGGAGAGAGAGAUUGUGUGUGUAUUCGUUUGGUCGAUCGUCUAAAUCGGUUGUCGAAUUUUAAGAAGGGGUAAAAGGGGUUCGUCGGGGAAAAAGGUUCGUCUGUCAUAGUGGAGCAACCGGGGGUCCACAAUGCCCCCCAUAAUAGGGGAAACACUACGCGUGUGGUUCCUUUCGGCGUUGGUGGUCCACGGUGCGGUCGCCGGAAAUCCGGACGCGAAACGUCUCUACGACGAUUUGCUGUCGAACUACAACAAGUUGGUACGACCAGUAGUCAACACGUCCGACGUGCUGCGCGUGUGCAUCAAACUUAAACUCUCGCAGCUCAUCGAUGUGAAUCUGAAGAAUCAGAUCAUGACGACGAAUCUGUGGGUGGAACAGUCAUGGUACGACUACAAGCUACGAUGGGAGCCGAAGGAAUAUGGCGGAGUUCACAUGUUACAUGUGCCCUCGGAUCACAUAUGGCGACCCGACAUAGUACUCUACAACAACGCGGACGGCAACUUCGAGGUGACCUUGGCCACGAAGGCCACCAUCUACCAUCAAGGAUUGGUCGAGUGGAAGCCCCCGGCCAUUUAUAAGUCAUCCUGCGAGAUCGACGUGGAGUACUUCCCAUUCGACGAGCAGACCUGCGUCCUCAAGUUCGGUUCGUGGACCUAUGACGGCUUCAAGGUCGAUUUACGGCACAUGGAUGAGAAGUCCGGAAGUAACAUUGUGGAGGUUGGAGUUGAUCUUUCAGAAUUCUACAUGUCGGUUGAGUGGGAUAUACUAGAAGUGCCUGCAGUACGAAACGAGAAAUUUUAUACGUGCUGCGACGAACCUUAUCUCGAUAUUACAUUCAACAUAACGAUGAGAAGGAAAACUCUUUUCUAUACCGUCAACAUCAUCAUACCGUGCAUGGGGAUCUCAUUUCUUACUGUUCUGACAUUUUAUUUGCCAAGUGACAGUGGAGAAAAGGUGACCCUCUCUAUAUCAAUCCUCAUCAGUCUUCACGUGUUUUUCCUCUUGGUCGUUGAGAUUAUUCCGCCAACGUCGUUGGUCGUGCCAUUGCUUGGGAAGUACCUGAUAUUCGCCAUGAUACUCGUAUCGAUAAGUAUAUGCGUAACCGUCGUCGUCCUUAACGUCCACUUCCGGUCACCGCAAACGCAUCAGAUGGCGCCAUGGGUGAAAAGAGUCUUCAUCCACAUUCUUCCGCGUUUAUUGGUGAUGAGAAGACCUAUGUACAAAUUCGAGACGAACAGGUACACAUCUGGCAGAGUACUGAUGAGAACGGUAAGAGGGAAGGAGAAGACUUGCUAUUACCCUUAUCAUCCGUCUACUCACGAGGAGAGCGAGGAACAUUUUACACCUAAGAGGUUCCACAGUCGGCCACCUUCCAAAGAGGAUCUCUCGCCUUCGAGUCUAACGGACGGUGCGAGAUUCGGUGGAAGCUGCCUGAUCCAUGGACCACCUUUACCACCCCUUCCCAUUCGUGGCGAAUGCGAGGAUCUUUCGGUUCCUGGCGAAGCAGGAAUCGAGGAGAUUAAAAGUCCAGUAUUAAGAAAUCCACCGACUUUUUCGCAUUCACGUUGCCCACCGGAAAUUCACAGAUCCUGUAUCUGCGUACGAUUCAUCGCGGAACAUACCAAAAUGUUGGAGGAUUCAACCAAGGUGAAGGAGGAUUGGAAAUACGUGGCGAUGGUCCUAGACAGAUUAUUCCUUUGGAUCUUCACACUGGCCGUUUUGGUCGGCACAGCUGGAAUUAUAUUACAAGCACCAACGUUGUACGACGAUCGUGUCCCGAUCGACAAGAAAUUCAGUGAAUUCGCAACGACGACAGUGGUAAAGUGUCCGCCCCAAUAGUCCAUGCCCGAGCCCUGCACCGUAGAGAAAAACUAAAGGGCCGACGACGUAGACUUCGGUAGACUUCGUCGAUUCUCCUUCCUGGCCUUUUAGGAGUCUCCGAAAUAUCUUCCAACCUUGAUCCUCGGUCUCCACCAUUUCUUACGGCGAUAGGGCUCGAUUUAUCGUCGAACGUAACGACGAUAACUGUGGAACGUUUUUAAGUGACUAACAUCCAUACGCGAGAGAAGCACAUUCGCACGUGUGAACUUUUUCUCUCUCUCUCUCUCUCUCUCUCUUUCUGUCUGUCUUUCUUUCUCUCUUUUUGUUCUCUCUUUCUCUCUGCCAUUCAUUAACGCAGUCGCUCACUCACUUCAUUCAUUCCUUUCAUUUUGUACUCUUCCAUUUCCAAGCACAUUCGAUCCAUCGAUCCGCAGGAUCCAUCAUCGUCCAUCGAAUGGAAAUUCUACUUUUCUCGCGAGGUACGUAUGACAGCGUUGAUUUAAAGAAAUGAAAAGAAAUGAAAAGAAAGAAAGAAAGAAAGAAAGAAAGAAGGAAAAAAGAAAGGAGAAAGAGAAGAAAAAGAAAAAGAAGAUGACGAAGAAUGACGAAUAAACUAUUCGAUAGUAAUAGUAAUAAUUACACGAGAAAAGAAAAGAGAGGAUGAGAAAGAGACACGUAUCACUACUUAUACGUAGCGUGCUCGUGUAAAGCGUUAAUACGAAGCUGCCACUUAAUUAUUCGAGUAAAUUAACAGCGAGCUACUUUAAACGGUACUAUAGUAUUAUAUUAGCGAGCCCACAAGUGUCAUCUCGCUCUACCAAUUGUUCUCGACGUCUCCCCGAGAAAUGAUUUACGAUGAGAGGAGGCGCUUUUGAGAAUCCGACGAGAGGACGAAGCGAUAAUGAUAAACGGACUCCAACGUUAAUGAUUAUUAUGUUUUAUACGCCGAAACACGCGCGACACACGAGAAAUUAAUAUAUAUAUAUUAUAUUAUAUAUAUAUAUAUAUAUAUAUAUAUAUAUAUAUAUAUAUAUUAGAAAUAAAUCAAUAUUGUAUAACACGACUUAGCUAGCUCGUUGUAAUUGUACACGAACACAAUAGGGUGUAACUCAUUUCAACUGUAUCCGGUUAUUCUCGUAAACGUUUAGGGACGUAUCCGUUUGUACGAAUUAUACAUGAAUAAAUAAAUACAUAAAUAAAUACAUAUAUACGACGCAAGCAUACAUAUUACGUAUAUCGUACGUUUUAAGAAAAUAAUCGAGACAAGAAUAACGAGUUGCACCGCGAUUUUCUUUUGACGAUUUAAAAAGAACAAAAAAAAAAAAAAAGAAAAGAAAGGAUAAAUUUUCGAUAUCAAUGAAAUCUCUUACGUUUAUAUCGAUAAUCGCGGUGCAAGAUAAUAUAAGUAUUCCUUGUUCUCGUAUUUUAUAAGAAAGAAAGAAGAAAGAGAAAGAGAAAGAACGAAUCGGAUGCAAUGCGCGAAGCAAGCAUUAGAGUAAAGAUAACCGAUUAUAGUACGGUAAGAACAAGUAAAGCAUACGAAUUCUAAAGCUGAUAGUUGUAGACAAAUUGAACGAACGUUCACUACCGUUGUUCAAUACCGUAGUUUCGUGGUCGAUGUCACAGUGAGUCGUCGUUCAUAAUUUGUUUUUUUUUUAGCUGAUCACAUACACAGACACACACACACACACACUACACACACACAAAUACGUACGCACACACGCACAUUUAAAAAGAGAGAGUGAUACAAAAAAGAACAUGGACGUACGACGAUGUAGUACGUGAAUGCGCACACGAUUAUAAUAAAACACAUUACACGCAUAAGGAAACAUAUGUAUGAUAAAAUUAUUGUAUCGUGAUUUAUGAUAUUUAUAAUAAUUGUUAGUUAUGCCUGAUAAGAGCGGACUGAUUCGCCCUAUGUCGACGAAUGUGAUCCUUUACGCGUCGAAGAGUAAUGAUUCGUCGUGAAACUCUCAACGUUGUGUUUUAUCAAUCGUUAACAAAUGAUUAUUAACGAUCGAUCGUAACUCGUUCGUAAUAUUUCAAAAACUGUUCGAAUAACAUUUUCGAGAAUAUCGAGAGAGAGAGAGAGAACGAAUAAACAUGACGUGAGUUAAAGCCACCUAAUUCUCCGACGUUUCAAAAUAUACAUAUACAUAUAUAAUAUACAUUAUACAAUUAUAUAUACGUACGUACGUAAAUCAGAGUACGUAAACGUACAUAUAAAGCGGGGCUCCGAACCUAACGAGAAUGAGAUGAGCUAAUUGUAAGAGAACGUUUUCGUGCAUCCGUGUCAAACGGUGCGUUGUUAACACAGGAUUGUAAAUAAUUAACAUUUAUUAGGACGGACCGGUAUCGAUUUUCAUAAUUACUGCCAUUGAGAGAAACAUUGCCAAUACUUAGUGUACGUGUAUAUAUAUAUAUAUAUAUAUAUAUAUAUAUAUAUAUUAUAAAAAAUGUUUUCUCGUGAUUCUCAUUGUUUCAUCGCAAACGACCGAAAGAAAAUUGUCCUUGAGAGAGUUAGGAGAAAAGAAGAUGGAGGACGAUCGACACAAGUUCUUUUCUUUCUUUUUCUUUUUCUUUUUCUUUUUUUUCCCUUUUUUCUGAUUCUAUUUUUUCUUCUUUUGUCUUUUUUUUCCCCUCAUUUUAAUCGCCUUACGCGCGGAGAAGGCGAUGAACCGAGCGUAAAAACACCUGAUGAAAAAGUUACCUGAAACUAACGAAUCGUCCAGCGAACAGCAACUCGAAUAAAACGAAAGAAAUGCGAUCUAUGGAUCGAUUUCCAAGGAUCGCGAGUGCUCUCUCUUUCUCUCUUUUUCCUGUUAAAAGAAAACGAGGGAAACGAAUGACGAACUUAAAAACUUCGCACUAAAUCGCUAGAAAAGAACGAAGAAAUAUAAUGAAAGAGGGAAGGGAAUAGAAAAGAAAAGAAAAGGGAAAAAAGAAAAAGAAAAAGGACAAAAGCGCACACGUUUUUCUAUGAUAAUGAGACAUGUAAGUACUUACUCGUUAUAAUUAAGUACGACAAUGUGUUUUUUCGCGAACGACGACGAUAAAAACAGAACUUUCCGAGACGAGUAAUCUAGUUCUUAAAUAUUAGAUCGUAUAAAUCCCAUCCAACAAGAUCACGAUCAUCGAUUUUCACGUAUUCGAAUGUAAAAUAAUUGUCCUCGUAUCUAGAUUCCCGUCCCGGAAGUAUAAUUCACAAAUACGAGCCGAGCGUUUGAAAAAGAGAGAGGCAUGCACUUAGAUUUUAGAUAUUUUAGAAAGAAAAUGAGAGAUGAGAGAAAACAAGAAACAAAAAAAAUUAAUUAAAGUAAUUAAUUAAUCGCUAAGUUGUAAAUAACGUGUAAAUAGAGAAAAAAGAAAGAAGGGAAGGAAGAAGGAAGGAAAGAAAGAAAAAAAAAGGAAAUAACAAUACCUUGUAAGUCGAGGGUUGGAAUAUUGCUAUAAAGGGUUGGAAUUUUUUUAUAAUCGAUCAAAUCCAAGGGAUCAUUUGCAUGAAAAAAAAUCGUUCAAGAAAUCGUUCAAGAAAAAAUCGUGCAGACACAUACAUUAAUACGGUCACGCGUAUACGCAUUCUUUCCCUCUCUUUCUCACUGUCUCUGUCUCGCCAUUGUCGAAUGAAGAGUGAAAAAAAGAAAAAAAAAACAAAACAAAAAAAAAGAAAAGGAAAGAAAAACAAAGUAUCGAUUUAUUCCCCAAAAAAAAUCCGAUCGUAUCGAUACGAUAAACGAUAUUAAAUAACGAUUGUCAUCGAUCUUUUACAGUGAUCGAUGUUCGUGACCCUUCGAUUACGAUUACACUAUCGAUUACGAUUACGAAAAACGAAAAAAAAAAGAGCGUCGAUUUUUAUUGAAUUCAAAUGACGAAAGUCCCCCCCCCCCCAACGAUCAAACGCGGAUGUUUGCAAAAAAGAAAGAAGAAGAAAAGAAAAAAAAACAAAAGUUCAAUGAAGCAUACUGACGAAUCUCAUUUCCACCAUAAGAAUCGUGUUAUCCUAUCUCUAAAAUUUCAAACUCAAGAAUUGUACAGAUAAAUCUAGCGUGAAGUGAUUUUUUCUUUUUUUUUUUUUCUUUUUCUUUUUAAGUUUUUAACACAACAUUAGGAAGAAACAAAUUUAAGAUAAUAAUCUAACGCAGAAAAAACAUUAAGCGACACAAACGGACAAUAAGAUAAAUAAAGAGAAAAGAGAAAAGAGAAAGAACGAGCAAAAAAAGAAAAUAGAAAAACAAGAAAAAAGCGUCUAAAAAGCAUAAAGCAAAAAAAAAGAAAAAGAAAAAGAAAGAAGAAAGAAACGCAUCGGAGAAACGCGUGCACUCUUUCAUUGACAGAAACUACAAAACGAGAAAAAAAUAAAGAUAGAAAUGGACUAAUUAUUAUAAAAUUUCUUUCAUCGAUUAUACAGAUCGACAUCCGUGUUCUGAUUCGGCAAAAGAGAUAAAACGAGAGGAUCAGGAUCGUCAUUUUACAACACGUCUUCGAAGUGAGUUGCGUGAACGUAGAGUUUAAUAUAAAAUUCCCUAAUUAAUAAAAUGGAGAAAAAGAAAGAAAAAGAAAGAAAGAAAGAAAGAAAGAAAGAAAGAAAAAGAAAAAAAAAAGAAAAAAAACAGUAAUUAAAAACAUAAAAAAAAAAGAUUAAAAAUAAAAACUUAGCUGACAGGUAGAAACGGAAAAAGGAAAGCGGGGGGAGUAAGUGAUAUGAUAGAUUAUUAUUAUAACGAUGAUAAUAUAGUUAACUAUUGUACCGUAAUAGCAAUAGCACACUAUUAUCCGGGAAUGAGUAAGAAAGACGAGGAGAAAAAAAAAGAAAAGAAAAGAAUAGAAAAAUAAGGAAGACGAGGAAAAGAGUAAACGGUAAACUAUUCGAGUAAUGAUUAUUAUCGUUAGAUACAAUAUUACCUAUCGUUUGUUAAAUAUGUACCUAUUUAAAAUAAUAUUAUAUUAACGACUAUCAUCCUAAGGCUACUCGAUGUAAGGACGAGAUUCUUGUUGCUUGGUUUUGUAAUCAUGCUUUGACAAAAGCAUUCGGAGAAUAAAACUUGUUGUCGUAGAAA